AUGACUGAUCACGAAUCUAUGGAUGCUACUAUAUAUAACCGAUAUUCCGAUAUUGGCGGUAAUACUGUUCUUUACGGUAGUAUAAUGAUGAUAAUCGACAGUUUUAUUUUGGUAGGUCUUGAGGAACUAAAGAGUAUAUUUGCAGCCUGGAAUACAUGGGGUCGUUGUCAACAUACGGACUGGGAUGCAUGCGAAUUGGCACGACUUCAAGAGCUUAACGAAGCACGACAACGAGCAGCUCAAAUGGAGAAGACGAUGCGCUGGUGGUCAGAAUGUACUGCAUCGUGGCGGCAGAAAUGGAGUACGGUGCGGAACGAACGAAAUCGUGCUCGUGAGGAAGGACAUUCGUUGCGGAUAGCGCUUACAGAAGCCAAGGAUAGUUGUGGAAAAAUAAGUGUCAGAUAUGAGCCUGUUGCUAGAAAUAAUUAUCUUGAGGAGAAUAAAAAAUUAUUAAGUGCGAAACGAGCUGUGGAAACUGAAAAUUCACUUAUGAAAGCUCACAUGCAUUUACUGCAAAAAGAACGAAUAGCCAAUCGACUGCCACUGGAAGUGAAUUCUCCGCCAGAAACACCAUCAAUAAUGCUGGAUGAAGAGUGCCAGGCACGACCGGAAUACAUGCACGCUUCAACAAUCACCGAUCAACCGUUAGAUGCGAACACACGAUGGAUGCGCUUGGAUGGAUCACAAGGAAAGUUAUUCGAGAGUAUGAGAAGAUUGGAAAGUCAAUGCAGUGAAUUACAAACUGAAUUAAUGAUGAUGGAAGCUAAAUGUACUGAACUUGAAGCUUCUCGUCUCGCUGCAAAAGAAGAAAUCGAGGAGUUAAAACGUUUUCAAGAACAAACACCCCUGAAUACCGGUCCAACUUCACAGAAAGAUGCACGAGAAAUUGAAGCGAUAAGGUCAGAGCGCGAUGAAGCACUAAGUGAAGUUCAGACACUGAAGAUGGAAAAGGAAUUUCUGAUGCAACAGCUUAAAAUGUUGAAGAUUACGAUGGAAGAAAGUGAACCGGAACCCCCGAGACCUACGUGA